AUAUAUUAUAAUCCACCCAAUUAAAUAUGUCCUUAGAUGUCUAACAGUAACGACCACCUCCACUUCUUAAGGUACACCUACAUUCUAUUUUAGAGAUGCUCUAACAGCAAUAACCACUAUUUCUUUUUAAUCAAAUUUUUAACUGCCACAUUCCAGAUUGAUCCCAUCAAAAUAGGAAGGAAACAAAAACAAAAUAGUAGACAAGUCCUAAAUUGCAGGAUCUACCUACGUUGUCAGCCAAAAAAAAAAAAAAGUUUCUAAAAAUGACUUGACCCAAAAACACAUAUUUGUAAAACAAAAACAAAGAAAACUAGCCAUUUUGAUUGGUUUCCAUUUCUAGAUGAAGUAAAAUCUCUACCCUCACUACACCUCCAUUUCUGUCCCACAAUCUCUGGGAAUUUCAAUACAAUGUCGCAUGUGAAAAGAAGCAUUUCUGGCUGAUUGAGUCAGAUACAUAAAUUCCUUCAUAUUUUUUCUACUUUUGAUUUCAUUUUCAUGGUCUCCUCUUAGAAUCAAAAAAGGGAGGAAAUUAAACAAUAUAUUUUGAUUCUAUUUUGAUCUAUCCUCUUCAAGAGUUUAAUUAAAAAAUACAUGAAAAAGUAGAACAUUAAGAGGGAUCAAGAUGAAUCUCGAUGCAAAGGGCAUCCAAGUUUGUAUGCGAAAAGUUCUUAAUUUUUUCAAUAUAUCUUGUUGUACAUUCAUAAAAAAAUACCCAGUAGUUUCGGGUAUUUUGUUUUUGUUCUUCCUUCUGUACAUGUUUAUUCCUUCUCUCUUCACUUUUCUAGUUUUCUCUUUGCCUAUUCUUAUCUUCAUUGUUGUGGCUUUUAGAUUAAUUUUCAAUAUUCAUCAACAAAAUUUAAAAAAUGCCAGAGGUCAAAAGAUGAAUUGUGAGAUUUCUUCUCAGAUUCCCAAUUCUGCUGAAGAUGAUUCCAUUACCGCCAAGAAAGAGAACUCUUCUUGUGUACGACCUCUAUCAGUUAGACGACGAUAUGCCAAAGAGAAAGACAAAGAAGUUAGUGUGCAGGAGGGUGUGAAGAAAAAAGACAUGGUUUCUUCAACAAUCUCCUAUGAUGAUUUGGUUGAUAAAACUGCUCUGAUAGAGGAAAACCUAAAAGAAAUACGAGAAGUAAAAGUAGAUUCAAUGAUUGAUCAUACUGAAAGUUCGUCUACUGCUUCUCAGCGAUUAAGGCCAGAGUGUCCUGAUGACUCUGAAGAAACGACUGACAAAUUCAGUGGUGGUGGAGGUGAGCUAGAGGCAGAGAGUUCAGAUGAUGCAGAAGACGAUGAUGGAGAAGAGACACAAGAGGAUAGAAACAAGGCUGUAGAAUGGACAGAGGAUGAUCAAAAAAACCUUAUGGAUCUUGGAAUUUCAGAGAUUGAAAGGAAUAAGAGGCUAGAAGGUCUGAUUGCCAAACGAAAAGCAAGGAAAUUAUUGAGUAUACAGGUCAGAAAAACACUGAUGAACUUGGGCAACAAUAACCCUCGCAGCCAAAUAGCUAAUAUUUUGAUACCAAGAGGUAACCCUUUUCCUGCCAACAAUUUUAGUGAGCCUCAGGUUUCACCCACCCCCAGUUCAGCUCCUUCUGUUUUGUUACCAAUGCACAACCCUUUCGACCUUCCUUAUGCUCCUCAAGAGGAAAAACCCAAUCUCACUGGGGAUGAUUUUGAAGAAGAGUUCAUAUCAACUCAACAAAAAGACAUGAUAUUCUGCAGGCACGAGAGCUUCAGUUUGGGGGCUUUUUUUCCAGGGCCAGGGGAAUUUGAUCAAAGUCGAUGUGAAAAUUUUUAUCAUAACUUUGGUACCAGACACAGGACUGAAUGCUCCAGAUUAAGAAAUCAAACAGAUAAGGAAGGUACCAACCAAAUAAUUCAAACAAAAUCAAUUCAAGAAGGUAAGCCCAUGUAUAUUAACAAUUCUUAUAAUCAUUCUAGACAACAAGGCCAAACCUCUGAACAAGUGCUUAAUUUGGUUGAUGUUCAUUAUCAAGAGGAUAGAAGUGAAGUUCACACAGAGCCAAGAUUAGUCAAAGAUGCCCUUGGCGGGUCAAGCUCAUUACCUUCUUCAGAAGUGAAUGUACCAAUCUCCAUGGCUAACAAAGAUGAAACAUUGAAAUCCCUUAGUUUUUCAGUUCUGAAGAAUAUAGCUGUAGAUAAAGAGGACAAUGCUCGAAGAAAUGAGCUUUUGUAUGAUAGUAGUCCAUCUUCAUUUGAGAAGAAAAGACCUCCUGAGGAAUGCUUAUUUUAUGUAGAUGGGUUAGAUCAUACCCGUUCACAUUCCAUGGCUUCUGACUUGCAAGUGGAGGUGUCUGAAGUUAGUUCACCAGCACAGACAAUAGAUGGUAUCACUUCACCUUCGGAUGGAGAAUUUAUGGUGUAUGAUGUGGAUGUGGACACGGAAAAGAAGACAACUUCUAGCGGUGAGGAAAUGUGGGCUGCCUCACCUAACCUAUCCAGAGUAGAAGAAAAUGAGUUAAAAUCAAAAUACGUAAAUGAGGUUAGUGAGCAAGAUAUUAUAGAAGUCGGAUUUUCAAGUAUCAACAAAAAAUCUGAGGAUCCAGCUGAAUCAAGCGUGUUGCCAGAAAAAGUAGUUAAACAAGAUUUACCUGAGAACAGUCAAACCCAUGCAAUGGAUUUCAAUGACAAAGUGUAUGAAAAUGUCCAACCACCCAGUACUUCUUAUUCUUCCAAGGCAAUAUUAACUGAAAACUUGGCUUCAUCAACACUUGAAAAUACACAACAAUCGACUGAGGAAUCAGAGGCUCGCUCAUCUCAUUGUGGCGAUUCUCGGAAACUAGAGGAACAACCAUCUUCUUUACCAGAGACAUCUGCUCGGGAGGUGAACAUUAUUUACAAUAUGAACGAUCAAGCAGCCUUAACUAAUGACGAUAAAGAAAUCUGGGGAUUUAUCAAAGACACAUAUGGCGAAGCCCCCAUAUUGAUCAAGCGAGAGGCUCCAAGGGACCAAUCAGUUCCUAACAAGAAAAAUGAUGCAAAAUUUACUGAGCUUAUCGAAAACAAUUCUGGAGAUCCAAAAAAUGAUCAUUCAAAGUCUACUAAAUAUUACGAAGGAGAAUUACAAAACCAAAGUGAACAAAAACACACUGCUGAGGAUUCAAAUUUGAUUGGGAAUAUGAAUGUCCAAGAUAGAAAAGAUGAACAAGGAGUUGCAGACAUUGGAUCUUCUAGGCCUAACCAGAAUUUUGAUGAUCCCACUAUAUCAAGCAUACAACUAGAAAUGGUAGGUGAACAAGGUCCUAACAAUUCAAGUUCAUCAUUGUCUCCCAUUUCCAUGACAAAGGAUACACUGCAUUUGACAGAGGGUCCAGUAACAUAUCCACCUAAUGUUAGAGAUCCUGGAAAAUUAUUGGAGCCAUGUAUCCCUCCUGAGAAUUCUAUACGGGAGUUGAGCAUAAUUUCUGAUAUGAAUGAUUCAAAAGUCCCUAUGAACCAUGAUAUCGGAAACUUGAAAAUAGUUAAAGACAUAGGUAUUCAAGAAACCAUUUCAAAUCCUAUCGUUUAUAAUGAAGGCCAACAUGAGCAACAUGGUGAAAGCGAGAUUUUGGAGUUGUAUAAAUUGGAUGAGCAAAUUGAUAAUUCAAAGUGUUUUGAAGAUUUUGAAGCAGAGCUUGAAAAGGAAGCUAAACAUAAGGGCAUUGUUGCACCAUCAAGGCCACUUAAGAAAACAGCUAUUUGGGAAUCAAAGAACGAAAGAGAAUGUGAACAAGGUGAAGUUGAUGUUGAAUUUUCUGGGGUCAACCAGAGUUUCAAUAACCUUAUUCCAUCAACCAUGUUACCAGAAUUGGUGGUUGAACAAGUUCCUAUUGCAUUAAGUUCAUCUUCAUCUCCAAAAUCCGAAACACAAAAAAUGGUUUCAGUGGAUCCAACCCCCUCAUCAAAUAUUGAUCUAGAGAUGCACCUGAAGGUCCAAAAACGCAAUGAAGAGCAGGAACCAUCAAAUCUUCCUAUGAAGUCUACACAAGAGUUGAACUACAUUGAUAGUGUAAAGGAUUCACAAGUCCCCGCAAAUGAUGAGAUGAAAAAUUUGAAAACCACUGAUGACACAAAAAGUGAAGUCCACGGAUUGAUCAAGGAAGAAAAUAGUGGGGUUGUCUCAAAAAUGUCUGAGGAAGGUAAAUCAAAGUCUAUUGACACCAACUAUAUGGAAGUCCAAUCCGGGAAAAUGGAUGAGAAUCAAACCAUCUUGGAGUCACAUGAUCCAACUGAGCACAAUGACAAUUUAAAGAGUUCCAAAAAGUUUGAAGGAGAGUCUUUAAAGUUGGCUGAAUGUAAUAACACAACAGAAACUUCGAAACCAAUUGGAAACACUGACAUUUUGGAAUCAACUCAAGAGCAUGUACAAGAAACUGUAGUUGGAAUAUCUGAGGUUAGCCAAAGUACUAAUGGACUCAUUACCUCGCUUACGCUACCAAGUACUGCAGAAAGUGGACUUUAUGGGCUUAACCAAAGUUUUACUAAUGAUCCCAAUCCACCAUCUGUGGUAUCAGAAGUGGUUGAACAGAUUUCCAAUGCCUCAAGUUCAUCAUCAUCUCCCAAGUCUGUGCUAGAGACAAAGUUAUCUAUUGAUCAAGCCUCCAUAUCAGGUUUUGAUCAAGAAAUGCAUGUGGGGCUUCAACAACCUGAAAGGGAGAUGGAAGAAAAUAAUAUGUUAAAUGGACUCCCACCUGAAAUUUUAAUACCAACCGUGCCUCAAAAUACACUACAUUUGAUGGAGGAUUCAACUGAUCGCCCAUCUAAUGGUGGAGAGUCUAAAAUAUUACAGGAUGCACCCAAUUAUUCAGGGAAGUCCAUCAAAGAAGAUAAUGUCCAUUGUAAUAUAAACAGUUCAGUCAGUAAUGAGAAGAAAGAAAAACUCAACUUACAAUCUACUGAAGAUGUUGAAGCUAAGGCCUUACUAUUAACUGACAAUAGUGUAGUGAUACUAGUGGAAGAAAAUGAGCAUUCAGGAGCCAUUAAAAGAAUUGAAGAGUUUGGAGAAUCAAUGAAAUCUAAGGAUACUGAAAACCCAUCAAUGCCAACCCCUAAGGAUAGCUUGGAAGCCACAGAAGUUGUUGAAGACAAAUUCGAUGUUUUCACUGCUUAUGAAGCUAAUGAUGUUCGCUCGUCAAGACCAAUGGAGCAAAAUAAUGAUUCAAACAUUUCUGUAACUUCUGUAGAAAGUAAGGAACCAUUUAGGGCUGACCCAGGGAGGUCCAUUGAAGAAGUUGAUAGCACUUCCAGUGAGUAUGAGUCAAUAGCCAAUGUGAUUCUUAGCAAGGAGGACUUGAGCUCUGGUGUUGGUGAAACUCAAUGUGAGUCCCAAAGAUUAAUAAGACCAAUUGUUGUCGUUGAACAAUCAGAAAACGCUGAGGUGAUUAAUCCAAGUUCAAUAAAAAAUGAAGGCAACUCCAAGAAAAUUACCGAAGCUGAAGAUGUGGGAGGAUCAUUGCAACUAGAAGGGAAGAAUGACAAUUUAACCGACACCAAAGAUAAUAAAGAACUAGAAAAUAAUAAUCAUGAGACCGUUAUAGACAUACUGAAGAGUAGUCAUGGCAAUGAUGGCUUGAACCAAGUAGAAAAAUAG